GGAUUAUGUUGUCUUAAAGAAAACUCAAAAGUCCAAAUCCCUUGGUAUGCGGUUGAGGCAAGCAUUUCUGGAGGGCUUAUCGACUAUUUGAGGACCCAUCCAGUCAAAAUAAACACCAGUUACCGACUGUGGAGCUUAGUUAGCAAGACCAACGAUGGUAUUAUGAUGAGAGAUGCCAAAGAUGGUUCUGUUACUUGCAAUGGAAGUUUUAACAUGGCCCGGAGUGAUGAUGGUAGGUAAAACUUUAUUUACUACUUCAAAACAUAAGUAAGUGAGCUUAAUUUUAAACGCACCAAUGUAAGAGACAGGAUUUUCACCCAUCCAUCCGUUCGCUGUUCUUUCUUUCUUUCUUUCCUUUGUUUAUAAUCGUUCACUGUUACUGGCCACUAACUGAUUGGUUGCAGUAUUUCUUUGUUUUCUUCACAGUUUGGUCAUUUCAUCAUUUGCCAAUAAUAAAAGGAUUAUUUUAUUUAGGUCAACCUUUUUAGGAUGUAUGAUUCAGAAGGCUAACGUCUUCCCGGUAUUUUAGUGUAACUAUAUCUAUCAGAGCUAGAGACUAUAAUACUACGUUACCCUGUUAUACUCUCCCACCGACGCAGCACCAAAGUCUUUUGGGAAACAUACCCCCUUUAUUGAUUUAUCUGAUACAUUGUUACAUUAUUUCUAAAUCAAAGUUGUUUUAUAUUCAGGAAGUGCCAGUGUCAGGAAUUAUUUCGGACGUAAGUGUCUUUGAGCCUUUGUACUUCUGGAGCUAUACAAUGUUCAGAAAUUGUUUCUACAGCAACUGUUAUCUGGGAUGCGACCACACUGGAAAAACAACUUUGGUUGAAAAUUGGGACCUCAGCUAUCCGGACCCUCAAACACUCUUCAUCCUUAAUACAUUUUAA